GCCGUCGGGCCCCGCCGCCCAGGGCUGAGCCUCCCCUCUCGCCCCUCGGUUCGCAGGGCCCGCAAUGGAGGCCGCAGCUCCGGGUCGCGCCCAGCCCUGAGCGCCCCCGUCGGCGGCCAUGCUUCCCCGAGGGCGCCCCCGGGCGCUGGGGGCCGCCGCGCUGUUGCUGCUGCUGCUUCUGCUCGGAUUCCUCCUGUUCGACUGGAGGCUGCGGGGAGCCGCCGCCCUCGACGGAGACCCUCUGGCCGGACCCAGGGACAGCAACCCCUCCGACUGCGGCCCGCAGCCGCUGCCGCCGCCCAAGUGCGAGCUCUUGCACGUGGCCAUCGUGUGUGCGGGGCAUAACUCCAGCCGAGACGUCAUCACCCUGGUGAAGUCCAUGCUCUUCUACAGGAAGAAUCCACUGCACCUCCACUUGGUGACUGACGCUGUGGCCAGAAACAUCCUGGAGACGCUCUUCCAUACAUGGAUGGUGCCUGCUGUCCGUGUCAGCUUUUACGAUGCCGAUGAGCUCAAGCCCCAGGUCUCCUGGAUCCCCAACAAGCACUACUCCGGCCUCUAUGGGCUAAUGAAGCUGGUGCUGCCUGGCACCCUGCCCGCUGAGCUGGCCCGCGUCAUUGUCCUGGACACAGACAUCACCUUCGCCUCUGACAUCGCUGAGCUCUGGGCACUCUUUGCUCACUUUUCUGACACGCAGGCGAUCGGUCUCGUGGAGAACCAGAGUGACUGGUACCUGGGCAACCUCUGGAAGAACCACAGACCCUGGCCUGCCUUGGGCCGGGGAUUUAACACAGGUGUGAUUCUGCUGCGGCUCGACCGGCUCCGGCAGGCUGGUUGGGAGCAGAUGUGGAGGCUGACGGCCAGGCGGGAGCUCCUUACCCUACCUGCCACCUCACUGGCCGACCAGGACAUCUUUAACGCUGUGAUCAAGGAGCACCCAGGGCUGGUGCGGCCUCUGCCCUGCGUCUGGAAUGUGCAGCUGUCCGACCACACACUGGCUGAGCGCUGCUACUCCGAGGCGUCUGAUCUCAAGGUGAUCCACUGGAACUCACCAAAGAAGCUUCGGGUGAAGAACAAGCACGUGAAGUUAUUCCGCAAUUUCUACCUGACCUUCCUGGAGUACGAUGGGAACCUGCUGCGGAGAGGGCUCUUUGGGUGCCCCAGCCAGCCCCCAUCUGGUGCUGAGCAGUUGCAGCAAGCCCUGGCACAGCUCGAUGAGGAAGACCCCUGCUUUGAGUUCCGGCAGCAGCAGCUCACUGUGCACCGCGUGCACGUCACCUUCCUGCCUCAUGAGCCGCCACCCUCCCAGCCUCACGAUGUCACCCUUGUGGCCCAGUUGUCCAUGGACCGGCUGCAGAUGUUGGAAGCCCUGUGCAGGCACUGGCCGGGCCCCAUGAGCCUGGCCUUGUACCUGACAGACGCAGAAGCCCAGCAGUUCCUGCGUUUCGUUGAGGCCUCCCCAGUGCUCGCUGCCCGGCAGGAUGUGGCCUACCACGUGGUGUACCGUGAGGGGCCCCUGUACCCUGUCAACCAGCUCCGCAAUGUGGCCUUAGCUCAGGCCCUCACACCUUACGUCUUCCUCAGUGACAUUGACUUCCUGCCUGCCUAUUCUCUCUACGACUACCUCAGGGCCUCCAUUGAGCAGCUGGGGCUGGGCAGCCGGCGGAAGGCAGCGCUGGUGGUGCCAGCAUUCGAGACCCUGCACUAUCGCUUCAGCUUCCCCCCUUCCAAGGUGGAGCUGCUGGCCUUGCUGGACGCAGGCGCUCUCUACACCUUCAGCCUGGCUUCCAUCCGACCCUGCCGCACAGGUACCACGAGUGGCCCCGGGGCCACGCACCCACAGACUAUGCCCGCUGGCGGGAGGCUCAGGCCCCAUACGGUGUGCAGUGGGUGGCCAACUAUGAACCCUAUGUGGUGGUGCCACGUGACUGUCCCCGCUAUGACCCUCGAUUUGUGGGCUUCGGCUGGAACAAGGUGGCCCACAUCGUGGAGCUGGAUGCCCAGGAGCUGGCUGACCUCUGGCCUGCCCAUCCCCACCACCUGGCUGCAGCUCACCUGGACUGAGGACCCACGGAGACCGGGGAGAGAUACAAAGAUUUUUGCCCUUGCAUAAAAAACCAGUGCCCGAACGAUGACACAAGGACUCACAAAGACUCACGGGACCUCACUGACACUAUGAUUCCUACUCUACCAUGCAAGGUCUCGGCUACCCUUAAUUGGACUGUCAGCCUGAAAAACAGCUUUUCUAUUCCUUAUUUUAGUUUUUGUUACCAAGAAAGUAAAAUGAACAAUAAAAUAAAACUUUCCUUAAAGAAAAAAAGAACAAAAACAAAAAUUAAAAAAAAAAAGAAAAGAAAUGUCUCCAUUCAAUUCACACACACCUGGGUCGCGUGCUGCUUCACUCAAGAUCUUCUCUUCUUAUAAAUAUAGAAAAGGGAUGGAGCUUGUUUUCAAGUAAAAUCACUGAUCCACCUUUUUUCCUUCCUGGACAUACACAUCUUUCUUCCCUGCCCCAGGCAAGGGCCUGCGGCCUGGGCUCUGCUUGUUCUUGGAGAGGAGACAGUGGGAUAACACGGGGAUGCGCGAUUCACCAAGCAGGGAAGGAAGGAGGCUGGGCAGGCUUCAGGAUGGGGAGUUCCCACGGGGAGGGAGCAGAGCGCGGGGGAGAAGAACCUACUGGCUGUCCUUGGUGUCAGUCUCCCCUGCGAGGCCCCCGCCAGCCGUGAUUAAAUACUGCUUCUGUGAUACACUGUUCCACCCCCGGCUCCCUCCAGCCACUCCCAUUCCCUCUUCUGGGCACUGGGGUUGGUUGAAUCUCAAUUCCUUUUUUUGGUUUUAUAGUAGCGAAAGUUUAGAAACAGGAAAGCCCACACACUCUUUGGACUUGUCUUCUCUACCUAAACAAACGGCUCGGCAA